AUGCAGACACAGAGUCCAUUUGGUCCGCUGAUUGCUCUGCCGCCAGCACUUCUGCAAUCUCCAGCUACGGUAGCAGCAGCUGCAGCAAAUGGACAUGCUCCGCCGGUUUCUUUGGCGACGUUCCCGUCUGCAUUCGCCGCAUUCGCCUCACAAAUCAGAAGCACUCAACUGCAGUCACUGCUCCAAUCACAGUUACAAGCAUUGAAUGGGGAUAUGGGAUCUACAGGGAAUGGACCUGGUACUCCACUGUCCAGGAAUAACUACGGGCAUCAUAUGCAGAAUCAGCAACAUCCACAGCAUGUAGGGAAGAUUCGUGGAACAACGGAGUACCCAUUACGGAAAAGAGUCGGAGGGUCAACAGUCAAAACUGCCAAAGUCUGGAGGUAUUUCGAUGAGCUUCCAACUAUUGAGCAAGCCGCAGAAUGCCGAAUUUGUCGGAAGAAGAUCAAGGCAACUAAUUCGAGCACUACUGGAAUGAUUCGUCACCUGAGAAGCUGUCACGUGCAAGAGUAUCAACUGGUUCAGGAAGCUCGUCAAAACAGUAUGAUUGUCAAAAUGGAAGAGAAAGCACGCGCAAAACUACUGCGAGAGAUGAACGAAAAAGUGAUCAGCAACGGAAUCGAGAACCAUCCAAUGGUUGUCAAGAAAGAGAGGCCAGCUUCAGAAUCCCAGAAGUCUCCGUCUGCAUCUUCAUCCGCUUCUGAUACUGCAUCAUCUGCGUCCUCUUCUCAUUUCUCAACGAAUCCCCUCAUAGGACUACCUGCUCCAGUCGCCAUCAAUCCUACUGCUCCUCAAACACCUACAUCAACAAUUCUGAACUUGAGCCAAAGCCAGAAUCAGUGUCAGAAUCAGAAUCCAAUGUUCAAAAUGCAAAAUAUCAAAAUUGAAGCAACAGAAGUAGAAGAAGAGGAGAUUGAGCAGAAGUGUCCAACGGAAAUUCAUCGUCCAACCGAUUUAAGUGGAAACACCAUGUUGCUUUCUCCGAAAUCUGCAAACUUAUCAUCUGCUUUCUCAAGUAUCGCCUCGUUUGUGGAUAAGAAACACGAGAAGAAAGUAGAAAAUGAUCAUAAAAUUCAUAUGCAGAUUGCUCUAAUGCUACUGCUUGAUCAACAGCCCUCUCAUGUUAUUGAUCGACCUGGAUUCCGAUCCCUUUUCAAAUUUCUGCUCCCCGAUUACCAUCUGCCCAGUGGUGACAUCUUCCAAGCCACUAUCGUUCCUCAGUUGUUGGAUCACAUGAAGCUUCAAAUUGGAGCAAUAUUCAACAACAUGAGUUCAUCCGGAAGUAUCCCUGACCAAGUGAUGACGUCAUCCUCUGCCACAUCAUCAUACGAAGAUAAUUCAGUAAACGAAUCACAAACGGCUGAACCACAUAUUGCAGAUGAAGAGGGAGAAUUAUUGGAGGAAGAACUGGAAGAGGAAGAGAACGUAGAGAUCGAAGAUGACACAUCAUCAGCUUCAUCUUCAAUGGACAACGACACGUGUGAUGCAAUUGCUUCGUUCAUUCAUUACAUUGGAAAUGACUCGUUUCCCCAUGAUGAGCUUAUCUCUCUGCUUUCCGUUGUCACCAACAUCUUCACCUACUUUUCAACACGACCACAUGUCCAAACUCAUCUACAGAUGACAGUUUCUCAACCAACCACCUCUCAACCAUUAGUUCAACAAGUUCGAUUUGUUGCCUCAAAUUUAUCCAUUAUUUCUGAUUAUAUUCGUCAUACACCCGACAUGCAACUACUUCCAUUGGCUGUCAAUCAAGAGACAAUGCUGGAAAAACUUGUCGACCAUAUUGAUCAGCUCUAG